GAGUGUGUCCACGUGGCACAUUCUCAACCUCAUAAAGAAAAAAGGUCGACAGCUUCAUGUAACUGUUAUACCAGCACUUCUGCUUCUGCAACUGCCCUCCAACUCCAUUCUCUUUCUCUCUCUCUCUCUCUUCUCUUUUUCUUAAUACCCUUUUGUUGCUUUGCUUAAUGGAUCAAACAAAACUGCCAAAUGAUCGAGUUGAACCCUUGUGCUACUAUUUCAAUUAAACUCAGUUUCUAGUUCUGCACAAGAUGGUGGUGCUGAUGCCCUUCUUCUUUGUCCACACUUGAACCCCACGUGGUGCUCAUAGGCUGUGUCAUGAGGAAGUGUGCCCGAGAUAGAAAUACCAUUCAUAAGCCUGUACCUGGCAACGUGAGCUUUUGGAUCUUUUUGUGAAGAGUUUAUGCUUCUGAAGAUGAGUGCCGAAAACAAGAAAAUAAAACCAAAGACUGAUAUUGAACUCUUUCUCAAUAAUGCUAACCAGUGCGUUUGGAAAAAAUUAAAUAAUGACUCAGGUGCAGGUGCAAAUGCAGCCUCCAGGGUGGACAUGACAUUUGCUGCGACUGACCCUCUAUCUGAAAUAGUUUGGUCACCAGAUAAAGGUUUGAGCCUUAGAUGUGCAGAUUCAAGUUUUGCUGAUAAAAAUACUUCACUUUUUCGGGAUGUUGGAACGAGUUGUAUGGUUCUUACUCAGCCACAAAAUUUUACUGGUGGUAGUUCUACCACUGAUAACCCUUUAGAUGAUGAUUUUGUGAAACCUUUAGCAGUUGUAUGUGCCAAGGGUGAUAUUUCUGAAGCAGAUGCUCCUACUAUGCAUGCCACAGGUGAUUCAGGUGUCAAGGCCAAGUUUAAAGCCUAUGAAGAAGAUGAUAUAGGAUCUGUUGGCCAUAAAGAUAUAGUGAACACCGCAGCAACAACACCUAAUUUGCCGUGUGAUGAAAGUGGGAAUCUGGUGAACAAUUGUGAAAAGGCUGCUGGUGAUCAACCCAACAUUGGAACUAAUAACAUGUCUGGGAUAGAGGGAAACAAAUUUUCUGCUAUGUCAGGCCAGGCUGACAAAGGGCCAUUGGACAAAUUAUUACUUCAAUCAGACGAAACCAAACCAAACAUGGACCAAAAUCCUUCUUCAGGAAGACAUUCUGAUGGAGGUGUAGAUGUUCAUCUUGGAAAAAAGGCUGUAGUAACUGGUAAUUUACAUACUGCAGUUGAGCCAGUUGUGGAAUUCAAAGGCUCUGAUGCUCCAGGGACUAAUUUAGCAUCCUCCAGCAGGAGACCUUUAGAAAAAAUGGAAUUUAGUGCAGAGAAUGAUUUACAGACUGACAACUUUGAAGCUGCUUGUGCUGGAACAAGUGGAGUUAAUGUUCAUGAGAUUGAAAACAAACUUCAGGACAAUGAAAUGAUGCUACCAUGUGAUAAGAUUCUUCCAGCCAUGCAUUCUCCGUGUCAUAGCAGAAUUUAUAACGCAAUAAACAAAGGCAAGGAGAAAUCUUUAUCAGACGGGGAUGCAAAUGUAGUGUUGUCGAGGGAGGACAAUGACAGCCAUUCAAGUGUUGAGAGCUGCAACAGUGCUGGCUUUUUUCAAACAGGUAAGAAGAGACGAAACUUCCAACAACAGCUGAUAAUAGGGGGUAAAAGAGUCAAAAGGCAAAUGGAAGAAACUUCAGGUUCCAAAUCCUAUGUUAAACAGGAUAGCUCAUUCAUGAGUUGGAUUUCAAACAUGGUGAAAGGACUCUCUCAGUCAAUUCAAAAUGAUUCAAACACUUUAGCUCUUUCUCUUGCAAAUCCAAAGCAUCAUAACCUACAGCCUGACGAGAAACUUAUGGCAUGCAAUAUGAAUCAAGAUUCUGAGCAAAAAAAUACAGGAUUCAAAUCCAUUUUUCAGUCCAUAUAUUGUCCAAGCUUGAAGAAUGUAGAAACAAGAAUCCAUCAUCAAGAAGGAAAGAGUAGUGAGGAUUUAGAGCCAGGUAACAUGGAACACGGUAUAAAUGCUACUCCAAUAACCUGUUGUGCAGAAAAUAAUAGCCUUUCCAAACCUUGUUUGCCAUCGAAUAAGUUUGAAGUAUCUACGGGAAGACAUGAAGCCGGUCCGUCAUCACAACCUCAUAUUAAACCUCUAAACUUUUUCAACUGUCAGGAAAGCAGCAAAAGUAACCUAGUGGAGACUAAAAAUGAUUGUAUCUUUGGCUUGAGUAGGGACAAAGAAGAAGUGGCACCACAUUCAUCUUCAACCAAACAGAAUACAGAUAAUAAUGACAACAUUGAUUCCAAAUCUGACAGAAAGGAAGAAGAGAAUACUUGUCACAGAAGAGAAAAUCUGGGAAGUCUCUGGAUAACUCGUUUUUCGCCAAAACUUGCUGCUCCCUUGAGAGAACAACCCACCAAUGAGAUGGAGGUCUCUACUGAUCUUAAGGAAGAGAAUGAUCUUAAAUCAAAGUACAAGUUCAAACCCCUUUCAUCUUCUCCACGACCCCGAAAUUUAGAGGCAAUGUCUUCAAUGUUUGCAAGGAGAUUUGGUGCCAUCAAACAAAUCAUACCAGCAAACACAGCAGAUAAGGCCAAGCAGGUUAAUAUAAUGUGCUUGUUUUGUGGAACAAGGGGCCAUCAGCUCUCUGAUUGCUCGGAAAUUGCAGAGAACAAGCUGGCAGAUCUCCAGAAGAAUAUAGAUUCAUAUGGAGGAUUAGAAGAAUGUCCUUGUACGUGCAUCAUUUGUUUUGAGCCCAACCACUGGGCAGUUUCUUGUCCCACUUCAAUCUCAGUUGGGAAACAUGAACUGAAAGCUAAUACCUUGGUUAAUGAUAGGGGGAAACAUUUCAUCCCAAGCAAUCAAGAGAGUGUCAGGCUUGAUGAGGAUGACCGAGUUUUAUCUGGUGGUUCUGUUAAUGGUGAAACUGAUCACCCAGCAGGUCAAGAUAUUUGUUUGAAGCGGAAAUCAAAUGAAAUCACGACCUUUAAGGAAGUGAGCAAUGCAUCAUUCAAGAAAUACUGUGGUUCAAGUUCAGAGGAAAACAAAUUCAGAGAAAAUCCUAUGUCAACUCCAUCCAAAUUCACUGAAAAGCACACUUCACACUUGCCAGAGAAAAUAUUUGAUGCAGUGAAAAAGCUUCGACUGUCUCGCACUGAAAUCCUGAAAUGGAUAAAUACUCAUGGCUCAAUCUCACAACUUGAUGGUUUUUUCUUGCGCCUGCGGCUUGGGAAGUGGAAAGAAGGAAUUGGGGGAACUGGAUACCUUGUGGCAUGCAUAAAUGAGACAAAAUCUAGGAGACAAUCUUCAGAGCAGAAUACACGAAAAUCUUUCUCAGUGCAAGUGGGGAGUAUCAAGUGUAUGGUAGAAAGUCAGUAUAUAUCCAAUCACGAUUUUCUUGAGGAAGAAAUCAUGGAAUGGUGGUUCAACACCUCAGAAGCUGGUGCUGAGAUUCCAUCUGAGGAAGAUCUGAUAGAAAAAUUUAAAAAGAAAAAUAUGUUAGGUCUCUAGGCAUUUAUUACAUUAAGUGUUAAUAUAUUUGUUAACGUAUGCGAGGUUAUUCUCUCACUUUUUGUUAUCCAAUUGAUUGUAUAUCAAAGUAACCUUAAAAUUGAUAAUGGUGGCAACUCAUCAUUAUGAUUUUGUGAAUGUCAUACCAACAUUCAUACACAAAGCAUUGCUUCUUAUUAUGCAAUGAAAGUUAUAUUGGAUUUCAUUA